CUGAAAAUGCUUCUGGUGCUAUGUGGAGUAAGCAGGAACCAUUUCUGAGGUGGCUCAGCUGGGUGGGCGCAGCCGGGACAGUUGCGGGAGCGCGAACUGGACGCGUACUUCCGGGAUAUGGGCGCAUGCGCGGGCGGGCGUGUGGAAUUGUGGGCCGGCUGCGCUGCGCGAGGUCCGCGGCCGUUUGUGUGCGGCCGGCGGCCGGUGCCGCGCGCUCUCACUCUGUCUUGUGUUUGAUGUGUUGAGCAGGAGGCAGCCCGCGCCAUGAGCAGCACGGCAGUGGUCCCCAGCGCGCCAGGCCCGGGCCCAGGCCCCAGUGGCGGGCCAGGCGGCGGCACCGAGGUGAUCCAGGUGACCAACGUGUCUCCGAGCGCCAGCUCAGAGCAGAUGCGUACGCUCUUCGGCUUCCUGGGCAAGAUCGACGAGCUGCGCCUCUUCCCGCCGGAUGACUCACCUUUGCCAGUCUCCUCUCGUGUCUGCUUUGUUAAGUUCCAUGAUCCAGACUCAGCAGUUGUGGCACAGCAUCUGACAAACACUGUGUUCGUUGACAGAGCUUUGAUAGUCGUACCAUAUGCUGAAGGUUUGUGCUUUGUUUCACUACCUAUGUGGGCACCCCUGCCUGGCCAUUGGCCACAGUGUAGAUGUAGAGUAAGCAUCACUAGCCUGUCAGAUUCCAAGUAUUACUUUGAAACCCUUGUUAUACUGCACUCCAUAAUUAUGACUUGGAGGUUUUUUUCUUACUCUAAAACUGAGAAAUAAAGUCUGUUUUAUAAGGUAAUUAACUUUUUGCUAUCUUUAAAAUAUUUUUAAGCUUUUUAAACUGAAUUCCAAACUCUGAGAUCUAUUAAUGUUAAGUAUUAAGAAGUCCCAAAGGUAAACAUUCAUAUCAUCCUCACAGGAACCUUCAAAUUAAUGCAUGAUGCUUAUGUUCUAAAGUCAGUAGCUAAGUCAGCUUUAUUUCCUUUAUUCUCUCACUCACUCCAACCUUAAAAUAGAAUAAAAACAAAAACCACGUGCUGAAUUCCAGUAUACCAAGGGUUGCAAUAAUUUUAGUUUUGUAAAAGUUUAAGAUUUCCUAUAGUUUAGGUGCCAGAUGGACACUGGGUGUUUGUUUUUAAUGGCAGAUUUUCUUGUUCUUGUUAUAUUUUCUAGAAUAUCUCAAAAUAAUAAACUCUUCUCUCUGUUGUGUGUGUGACUUUUGUAGUGGAGAAGGCACAUGCAAAACCCUCCCAGAUGGCUGGACACAGUGGGUGCUCUGCAGCUGCAGGCUCUAGACACUAACUAAACCAGCGAGCACUCGAGCCCCCAAGUGUUUCCUGCUGUCACCAUUUGUUAACUGCAUUUUCUCUCUUUUUACGUUUUAGGCUGUUACAGUAAUUUGACAGGAAAAAAAAAUGAGCAGGUUUUUGGAUCUAAAAGCCACUGUGACAGGACAGCACUAUUUUAAUGCCAUUUUGUAAAACUUUUCUAAGGCAUACUUUACAGUUAGCUUGUUCCCAGUAAACUGCUGCUUGGUUUGCUUUUGGUAACUAUAAAUCUUUAUUUGAGGAAAUCAUUGACAUGAUAUACGUACUAAAUUUUAACUUAAUAAUUGAAUAUACUGUCCAUGAUCUACAUGCUUUCCCUUUCCUUUAAUAAACUGGUUAGUGGAAGCUGUAUCUUGUAAUUGUUGCUUUUUAGAUGCUUCUUAGAUAAUUGAAGACAAAUGUGAAGAUUUGCCACCAUACUUUGUGAAAGUUGUGAAAUGUCUAAUAGAGAAUUGCCUCUGGUUUUUCUAAAGAAAUUAUAUUCGGAGAUAAGUUAAGGCAUGCUAUUUUGGUAACAGUGUACUAAAGUGAGAGAUGUGAGGCCAGUAACAAUGUUUCUAUGAAAGAAAAGUCAGAAAGAAGCUGAUUUAGUGUAUUUUGGAUAAGCAAUUCCUUUUAUUUCAGUAUGCCUCUUUAAGAUAAGACUUAACCACCACCUUACACCAACAGAGAACUUACAGAACUCAAUUCAGGAUGAGUAAAGUAGACAGUAGGUCUUGAGACGGUCAUGUCAUGUGAGUAAUGUGCAGAGUGCUUCAGUUAGCCAUAAUACAAUGAGCUUGGGAUGGAAUAUAUAGUAUAUCAUAUAUCUGGGUCUUUAUAAUUAUUUUAAGCCAUAGUAAUUUUUGUAGAUGUGAUUUUGAAAGUGAGGUUUUGGGGAGUAUAUAUAGAGCUUUAGAAAUACUUAGUUCAGGAAUCUGUUUUUGCUGCAUUUAAUUUGUGGUAUGAUGUGCUGUAUUAAUGUUCCCUCCACAAGUAAACUGAUAUAUUCAAUCCCUUUGUCACCAGUCACUUGGUUUUAGCCCUUAACACUUGGUGUUGGCUCUUGGUCAGUGUGUUAGAACAAUAGACCAAAAAGUAUACGGUAAGAAUAGCCUCACUUGGUAAAACAGAGAUAGCUAGCUGGAUGUGGAAGGUGCUCUUAAUAGUAAUGGAUUUGGGGGCAUCUAGGUUCCUUGGUUAAUGUUUGUUUCUUUUGUCUGUUUCUUUUUCUUUCAUUUCUACACAUUCAUGCAGUAUUUCAUGGUUCUAUCAAAGCAGCAGUAAAAAAAAAAUACUCUUGACGCAUGAAAAUUAACUGUUCUUUUCCCUGGUUCAGCCUGAACUAUAUACCAGGCCCUGCUGAAAAUACCACCCAACAGUUUUCUUCUGCAGCUUAUCCAGUUUCUCUUAAGUGCCCUGUACAUAUUGUAUGUUUUAUGAUGAGAUGCAGUUUCUUAAUAUGUAUUACAGAAAUACUACUGGUAUUUGCAAAUAUGUAGUUUAAUUGUAUUAUUGAACUCUCAUUUUGGGGGCUUGGGCACAUUAACAGAUUAAUCCAUCUGUAUAGGGCUUUUGCUGUUGGAUAGAAUUUAAAUUGUCUACAUAAAUAAUUUGUCUUAGGACCUUUAGAUUUUAUCUGAAUACACAGAUUAGGCUUUAAAAGCAGGCAUACAUGUGGUUUUGGGCUUAAGGAGUUUUGAACAAGUUAGAUGUUGAACUGACACUAUAUAGCAACAUUUUUUUGAUAUGGUUAGCAUGGCACAUAUUGGAACCUAAAGCAUUUUACUGUACAGGUAAGGAAUGUGCCAUGUUUUACCUACUCUCACUCUCUCUCUCUCUCUCUCUCUUUCUCUCUCUUUUCCCCCUCCCUUCCUCUUCCCUCCUUCCUCUCUGCGUCCCCUUCUCUUUCUCUCUACCUCCCUCUCCCUCCCUCUCCCCUUUACUCCCCUUACACACAUUUCCCCUGUGUAUUCAGAGACCUUCAGAAACAUUCAUAUUCAUGUCAUGAGUCAGCAAAAGCCCUACUCUUGAUUCCAACAGAAUAUUUCCUUUACAUACUUUCCUUCUUUUAAUUUUUACAAAAUUUGUAUGGUAGGUGUAAAGAAAAUCAUAGUAACUGUACCAUAUUAUUAACCCCUAAAUCAAACUUUUUUUGUCUUGUGUAUCUUGAUUUUUCUGUGUGCUUUAUAGUGAAGCAGCCGACACGAGUCGUUGUUCAUAAAACAGCUUUUGAAAGUUGAGAGCACACCCCUGGAGAACCGACUGUGCUUGCUUACGUUUGGUUCAUGACUUAAAAAUCGAGUACAGGAGUUAUUCCUGAUGAGACUAAGGCUUUGUCUCUAUUGGCACCAGCUAAUGCAGUGGCAGGUCUUCUGCCUGGUGGUGGACUCCUGCCUACCCCCAACCCACUUACCCAGAUUGGCGCUGUUCCCCUGGCUGCGUUGGGAGCUCCAGCUCUUGAUCCUGCCCUUGCUGCUCUUGGGCUUCCAGGAACAAACUUGAACUCUCAGUCCCUUGCUGCAGACCAGCUAUUGAAACUUAUGAGUACUGUUGAUCCCAAAUUGAAUCAUGUAGCAGCUGGUCUUGUUUCACCAAGUCUGAAGUCAGACACCUCUAGUAAAGAAAUAGAGGAAGCCAUGAAGAGAGUGCGUGAAGCCCAGUCCCUGAUUUCUGCCGCUAUUGAGCCAGACAAGAAGGAAGAAAAGAGAAGACAUUCGAGAUCAAGAUCUCGCUCGAGGAGGAGGAGGACCCCCUCAUCCUCCAGACACAGGCGGUCACGAAGCCGGUCAAGGAGGCGGUCACACUCCAAAUCCAGGAGUAGAAGGAGAUCCAAAAGUCCAAGACGGAGACGAUCUCAUUCCCGAGAGAGGGGUAGAAGGUCAAGGAGCACAUCCAAAGCCAGAGACAAAAAGAAAGAAGAUAAAGAAAAGAAACGUUCCAAAACUCCACCAAAAAGCUACAGCACAGCCAGACGCUCUCGGAGUGCAAGCAGUUUGCACGUUUGUGAUUCUAGAGAGAGAAGACGACGGCGAAGUAGGAGUGGUACAAGAUCCCCUAAAAAGCCCAGGUCUCCUAAAAGAAAGCUGUCUCGCUCACCAUCCCCAAGGAGACAUAAAAAAGAGAAGAAGAAAGAUAAGGACAAAGAAAGAAGCAGAGAUGAAAGGGAACGAUCAACAAGUAAAAAGAAGAGGAGCAAAGACAAGGAGAAGGAGCGAGAAAGGAAGUCUGAGAGUGACAAAGACGUCAAACAGGUGACUCGGGAUUAUGAUGAAGAGGAGCAAGGCUAUGACAGUGAGAAGGAAAAGAAAGAGGAGAAGAGACCAACAGAAGCAGUGUCCCCUAAAACAAAGGAGUGCUCUGUGGAGAAGGGGGUGGGCGACCUUCGAGAGUCCAAAGUGAACGGGGAUGAUCACCACGAAGAAGACAUGGAUAUGAGUGACUGAGCCCAAGGCUGGCUGCAGAUGGUCCUCAGUGUCAUUCCUUGUGAUCUCUAAUGCUGUGUGUGUUCAUCUCACCUAGGUGUAUACAGCUGCACAUUACCAAUGGCUUCAGAACACCUGAUUGUGACCUCUAGUGCUUUAUAGCAAAAGCUAUAAAGUGGUACCCGGGUGACCAGCAUUGCCAUGGUUACAUCCAUUUGCGUGAUCAAGCAGCUGUGCAACUGCUGCUUUAACACAGAUGAACAGCUGCAUGCAUCUCCAGCAGGCAUGGAUUGUCUCUGUCUAUGAUCCUCAGUGCGUUCACUUAGAAUAUUUCUAGAGUUUGAGUCCUUGCCGUGAUAGAGCCAUGUAGGGAAUGCACUGAUUGCAUGUUACCCCAAACGUCAUGAAACUUUCUGACACGGUGACCUAUUUAAUGGUCUUGUUUGUUGACAUGACAAAUUAACAUUCUUAGAGUUACAUCUGAAAAAAAACAUUUGUGAUAGAUAAGCCUUUUGAGCCUUGUGGCUAAAUUUUUGUGGCUUUGUUUAACUUUCAAAGGUUAUAUAUGCACUAACCUUUUUUGAUGGCUAAGUAGGCUUUAAAUUACAGUAAAAAUUUUUCAAAGAAAACUGGCUGUAAAAUAUGAUGUUUUGAAUUAGUUGUUCACUUUUUCAUAGCUACUUAUGUUUUUCCCCCAAUAAUUUAUUUCACAUCUCUACCAGUGAACGCAGCCCAUCACUAGAAAAUGACCUUGUCCUGAUUUUCAGUUUUCAACUUUUAGUUUUUAAAGCUCACUGUUGAACAAGAAGUGGUGGUGCAUUUUAAAUUGACCUUCAUGUGCUUUUAAAAUACGACAGCUCUCCUUGAUAAUGUACUUUUAUUUGAUCUCAAGUUGUAUAAAACCAAUAAACUUGUGUUACUUUGAUUGCAGUAGUAUCUUAUGCACAGUGAUUCCAUGUUAUAUGCAGACUAGGUAGGCAACUGUUUUCUUAGUUACAAGCUUUACUUUUGUGCAGUUAAAACAAAAGUAGGCUACAGUCUGUGCCAUGUUGAUGUACAGUUUCUGAAAUUGUUUUACAAGACUUUGAUAAUAAAACCCUUAAACUCACAAGUCA